AUGCCCGGUGAGGAAGGUGUGUACCUAGGGACCAAUCAGAUUUGUACCGGUUGUCGUUCUCCAAUGAAAUUGCAGAACGGCGACUGGCAGGAAUUCCAGGACACCGUUCCCUUCAACGGACGUUCAGUCAAACGGAGAACAAAGAUCAACCAGGCAAUAAGGCAGUGCGAUAUUCACAGACAAUCUAGUCACCUUAGAUUAGAAGAAGCAAAAACUGAGAUACAGGGACAUUUAAAGCCCAAUGGAAAAGUUCAAAGUUUCUCUGUAGAUUUAUCAACUAAUUAUGAUGAUGUUAAAAACUGUGUUACUGAGGCUGAAGAAAAGUUUGGCCCAGUGUUUAUGUUGGUGAAUUCUGCUGGUACUUCAGUGAGUCGUUCAUUUCAAGACUUGGAUGCUAUAGAGUUCAAGAAAUUGAUGGAAGCCAAUUAUUACAGUGCUGUAAAUGCCACUAAAGCUUCUAUUGACUCAAUGGUAGGGCAGCAAGCUGGUAGAGUGGUGUUCCUAUCAUCCCAGGCUGGACAGAUUGGACUGUUUGGUUUUUCUGCAUACUCCGCCUCAAAAUUUGCUCUUCGAGGACUUGCCGAGGCGUUACAGAUGGAAAUGACCCCUCACAAUGUCAGGGUAACUGUGGCCUUUCCUCCAGAUACAGACACACCUGGUUUCCAGCAUGAAUUGCAGGGAAAGCCAAAGGAGACAAUGUUGAUAUCCGAGACUGCUGGUUUGUUGAAACCACAAGAUGUUGCUCAUACUAUAAUCUCAGACUCAUUGAAAGGAGAGUUUACAAGUUAUCAGGGUAUAGAUGGUUGGAUGUUAGCUAAUAUAAGUGCUGGUAUGUCACCGGCUACCUCAUUAUACAAGGUUAUAGAACAGUUUUUGUUAAUGGGAAUUCUACGUGUGGUAGGCUUAUUCUAUUUAGCAAGUUUUGACAGCAUUGUCUUGAAGUGUAAGAAAGAGCGAGAGGUUGAGAAACAGAAGAAGUCUUAGUGCAUAUACUUUAUAUAUAUGUACGUACGCACAUAUACUGUAUACAUGAACAAUAUCUGGUUAUCUAAUUGAACAAAGUUGCAGGUGCUUUAAAACUAAAAAAAAUGCUGUGAUGCAUCUGUCAACUCAAACUGCUGAAAAUUAGGAUUGUGCCAAGCUGGAGUAAAACUUACAAAUGGUCUUUAAAGGGACGCCACUGAGGUUUUUUCAAGUGACCAUAUUGUAAAUGCUUUUUUCUCAAGGUUAAUAUUCCAUUUGAUGUAAGUCUAACAUAACAAUAACAUGUGUGCUUAAUUUCAGAUCAUUCGCUCACUUACUGAACCCUUACUGUGUUAAUAAUGCAGAAGAAAUAUGGUGAUAGAUAUAUGCAAAAUCUGUCAUUAAUCUCGUACAACUUGUAAAUUAUCACUUUAAUCUUAAAUCUUUUUACUUUUCUUAUAAAAAUCUUAGUACAUUUUUGUCAAGUUUAAUUUUCUUGGAUUUUUUUUGGCUAAUCCGGCAUGCAGCUUUAAUUUUUUGUUGGAAAUUUAUUUUAAUGAUGUGUUAGUGAAAGUAUGAAAGUUAACAUGCAAGUGUUGACUUGCUAUUUAUUAUAAUAUUGUAGUGCAUGAUUAUACUGCCAAUACUGUCAAGAGAACAUAACUCUUGCUUUGCUUAAUAUAGAAUUUAUUUUCUAAAUGAAAUAGUAUCCCUUGUUCUGUUUUGACAGUACCUUUUAAGUUUUUUUUAAGAUUGGCAUCCUUGAUGAUUCUGUGUUUUUAUACGCCUGAAAUUGUUUUCAUCGUACAUGUUUAUUGUUUUGCACCUGGUCGUCCGUCUGUCUGUUACAAAUUUGUGACCACUGUAUCUUUUGAACUGAAAGAAGGUCAUUGAAACUAAAGUUUUAUAAAUCAUGUAUCUGGGAUCAAAAAUGCCCCCAUUCUUUGGGUCAGUCAGUAUAAUAUGUAUAAUUAAUAACAAAAAAAGUUUUUAUGAAUGGGUCUCUAUCCUUAUUAAAAGAUUAUUUUUGAUCACUCAAACAAAGUUUCAUUCGGGCAUAUAUAGGCUCGCCAUUUUAGUGCUUUUUUAUUUUGUAUAUUAAUUUAUGAAAU